AUGAUACAAAGAGCCCAGCACAUCCAAACAAACGCGGGUACGAACAGCCGACGGUACAGUUAUCUAAAACUACACGUUCGAGAAACGUUAGCAAGUUUAAUCAUUGUCCACCAGCUAACCUGCUUUCAAUUUAAAACCAUGGAACCAAAGAAGCAAGCUGGCAGGCAGGCAGGCAUGCGAGCAAGUAAACAAACAAGCAAGCAGAAAACAGUUUCCGCCACUCCUGAAAUAUUUCCGCGUUUGACGAACGACGCGGAGUUAUUCGGGGCCACAUUGUGCCCACCCACAACUAAAUGGCGCGCCUGUCUCAAAAAUUAUGUACCUACUGUCUUCAUUCUAAAACAUUGCAACAUUUUUGCCACGGCUGCCCAUCCAUCUCUCUGUGGAGGACAAGGAGAAAGAAAGCAUGAAGGCCAUCUGCUUAGCAACGUAAUGAGGAGGUCUGCACUGAUACCAUGCAGCCAGCUAGCCAGCCACGAUGAACUUUCACUUUCCUUCAAAAGAAAGUUCAGCAGUGCAAUUUCAUGGCAGUCUCGCCAUCCGUGCAUGCAACACUCCUGCUACGGUGAUUUAUGA